AUGCAUUGCUUUUAUGCUGUUCUUACAUUUAGCUUCAAGUAUAUUUUUCAAAAUGAUCGCUUGGUCAUCGUAAGCGGCGGUUCGGAGCCUUUCUACGGUGUUUAUAAACCUCCAUCUCACGGCGAAUUCCCGAUGCCAAAAUUGAGAAAUGAUCAAGUAAUGUCUCAUGGCAAGGUUUCAUUAUUUGGGAUGUAUAUGGCAGCAUACUGCUCAGAAAAACUUCCGCUUAAUGAAAUGUUAUACUUGGUGACCAAAGAAUUAGAACCAAUGCCAACAGCUCUGCAAGAAUCUUUUUUCGACAUUGCACAAGCUGAGGAUAAAUGCCUAAAAUCAAUUUAUUCUCUAUCCAAUAAGUCGGCCACGGGAGAUAAAUUAAAACUUUCCGAAAUCAUGAAGCGCAAAGAGUGCUCGAUCGAAGUGAUAGUCAGUGUGGCUUUUAAACAAAAAAUAUCAUUAUUGGGAAUAAAUAGAGGCUUAUUCCCCUCUGGUAUUCACGGCAUGAUUAACAUUGAGGUGGACCGAGUGAUUGAAUUUUGGAGGUUGAUCUUGACUGGCCGUGUGGUAAGGGGUCAAACAAAAGAAUCCAAGUCCAAGGCACUGGCGUGGUUCCGCGGCCAACUGCAUCUCUUUCAAAAUGAUGAAAGGACCCGGAGUUGGCACCCCCUAACGAAUCUUGAACCCAGUCAUCAAAAUGGAGCGCUCAUCGCUAGUUUUCUGCAGGAAAGUUUGGGCGUCGACUUGGCAUUGAAAAAUCGGAUUGAAGCGUUGCGAAGAAAGGAGGACAUUUUGCUUGAAAAACUGCGUAAAGAUGGAACGCUCGACAGCGCGCCCCAUGACUUGCAAGGUAAAAGUGAGGCAGUUGUGCAUAUAGCAGUAGAGUUGCUUUCUACAUCAAAUGCGUUUGGUAGCAUAGGCGCGGCUGAAAUCGAACUUCCAAAAUUAGGGCCCGAGAGAAUGGGGCACAAUUUAGGUACUCGUCCGGAGUAUGUAGUGUAG